CAAUGACCUGCUAGAUUCUUGACCACGACAAUCGCCGCCGAUCAGUUCAACGAUGAGCAAGCUUAACGCAGGCGCAUUCGAGUUCGUUCCAGGUCGUUCAUUCGUGCUACCUCAGAAAAAUCAACAAGCACCUCCAUCAAAACCUCCCCUCGAGCGCCCUGCCCAAACUGAAGCUCCACCUCCGGCUCCAACCAUCACUCUCAACAUCGGUGGAUCAAACCCUCCUGCUGCUCCUAAGCCUGCUCCUACUCCUACUCCUGCUUCACAGACAAAAGCUGCUCUUCCACCGUCUGUAUCUGCGAGCACCGCACCAUCACAAUCUUCUUCUCCUGCACCACCUACUAACAAGGUCUUUUCCACCGAACGAGCCAAGACAGACACCACAUCCAUAGCAAAAGAGGUCCAGUCUGUUGCAGACCAGGAGGUCCUCAAAGAUCUUUUCGGCGAUGUUAAAGAACAUCUUAACAUCGUCUUCAUCGGCCAUGUAGAUGCUGGGAAAUCAACUCUUGGCGGAAACCUCUUGUAUAUCUCUGGUGGCGUUGACAAACGCACCAUGGAGAAAUACGAGCGGGAGGCAAAAGAAGCUGGCCGUGAAACCUGGUACCUUUCCUGGGCUCUUGAUAGCACCCCUCAGGAACGCUCAAAGGGGAAGACUGUCGAGGUCGGUAGAGCCUACUUCGAGACAUCCACUCGAAGAUAUACCAUUCUAGAUGCCCCAGGCCACAAGACCUAUGUCCCGAGCAUGAUUAGUGGUGCUGCCCAAGCAGACGUCGCAAUCCUCGUGAUAUCUGCACGCAAAGGUGAAUUCGAAACUGGUUUCGAAAGAGGUGGCCAGACUCGCGAACACGUCAUGCUCGUUAAAACCGCCGGCGUCAGCAAAGUGGUCGUCGUCAUCAACAAGAUGGAUGAUCCGACUGUCAACUGGGAUAAAGGCAGAUAUACUGAGAUCAAGGAUAAGUUGACUCCAUUUAUUAAAUCUGCUGGCUUCAAUCCCAAGACGGAUGUCACCUUUAUACCUGUGUCGGCAUAUACGGGUCAGAACCUGAAGGAUCGUGUGGCUAAGUCUAUCUGUUCCUGGAAUGAUGGCCCCGCCUUCCUUGAACACAUGGACCACAUGCCCAUGGUCGACCGCAAGGUCAAUGCUCCUCUCAUGAUGCCUGUCUCCGAAAAGUAUAAAGACAUGGGCGCCAUCAUCGUCGGCAAGAUCGAAUCCGGACACCUUCGUAAGGGCGACGCUCUUACCCUUAUGCCGAACAGAUCAGCUGUUGAAGUUGCCGCCAUUUACAAUGAGAUGGAAGAAGAGGUACACAGCGCGAUCUGCGGUGAUAACGUGCGUGUGAGACUGAGGGGCGUGGAGGACGAAGAUAUCAGUCCUGGAUUCGUCCUCACAAGUCCGAAACACCCUGUAAGAGCGGUGAGGCAAUUCGAGGCGCAGCUCGCAAUUUUGGAACACAAGAAUAUUAUCUGUGCGGGGUACUCGGCGGUCAUGCAUGUGCACACACUUUCUGAGGAGGUUACACUGCCCGCACUACUACACUACUUUGACAAAGCUACAGGACGCAAAUCGAAGAAGCCGCCUCAAUUCGCGAAGAAGGGCCAAAAAGUCGUGGCACUCAUAGAAACGAUCCUCCCCAUAUGUGUCGAGCGCUUCAUCGAUUACCCUCAACUCGGUCGCUUCACGCUCCGUGACGAGGGGAGAACAAUUGCGAUUGGGAAGAUCACAAAACUCAUUGACGAUCGCCUCGAUGAGGUCACAGAGGGCGUGGCACAUGUGUCAGUUGCCGCGUGAGAUGCUUGUGUGUAGCUGCAUCUUGCUUACACGUAUGUAUUCUGUGAUAUCAUUAUUGAGCGGUGGCUCACGUUCCUUCAUCCUUCUCACAAUAUGUGUCGCAUUUUGCGGCCCUUCUCUUGUCCCUGCACUUUUUAUGCAAACACGGCAUAUUCCAUAUAGUCGUCUAUACAGCAUUCCAAUAGAUUGAGAGGGGUACGAUACCAAGAAGGAAAUCAGAAGCCCGGCAGACCUAACGGUCGCAGUAGAUCGCUCAAUACUGUCAUCGGGUGUUGUAAUAGAACUUGUUUGUUGUGCUUUCAAUGUCUUCAUUUAUUAUGUACUAUCAUGUAGUUGUGUGCAAACUUUUUAAUAUUGCUCUGUUUCGACC